AUGUUGUUGUCUUCCGCCUUCAGACCCCUUCCGACGCGUCUUUUUCCAUCGAGAACUCCUUCGAUUCCCCUGUGCUCCAUCCGCCAUGCCUCCUUGAACUCAGCUAUUGGUCGCGGUAUCCGCAAAUCUCGAGUAGCGGAUGAAGGGCCCUUUCGUACAUCGAGAGCCGCAGACAAGAUCAUCCCGCGAAGGAGCUCCAGGGACAAUGACUUCAGCAAACGCCGUGUUAAGAAGCGGGAUGCUCAAUCAGACACCCAAGCAGGCAGCGGCAAGGACGGGAAGCAUUCUGCUUUUGACAGGGAGGAAUUCAUCAAGACGGGCAAAUUCCAAGGGAUGAAGUUCGUACCGGAUCCAAAAAUGCCGAAAUCGACCUGGCCAGGGUCAAAGGUGGAAGCAUCUAAGGAGGAGGAUCCACCUAAAAUGAAGCGCGCUGGGCGGAUGAAGCUCAAGAGAGGUGUCCAUCGGUUCACAGAAACGAUGCCCGAGUUUCUCAAGCAUCAUAUCAAAGUCCCAGAUUUUAUAUCACAUGCGACCCCUGCAUCCCAAUUCCUCUACGGAACAAGCGCCGUGGAGGCGGCCCUUCGUUGUGGUCGACGUCAGAUGUAUAGGCUGUACAUAUAUCAGGGCGAUACCGAUGAGUUGGGAUCCAACAGAUCCAAAUUGCGCAAGCUCGCGCUGUCGAAAAACAUCAAAGUGAAGAUGGCAUAUGCCGGAUGGGACCGGCUAUUUGACCAGAUGAGCUCUGGCCGACCCCAUAACGGAUGUAUACUGGAUGCCUCUCCUCUGCCAGUAUUGCCCAUCAAGAGUCUUUGCGCCGUCCCAUCUCUGGACGUGAAUGAGUUCCGCGUGACCUUGGCAGCUCAAUCGCGGGAGGAAGCACUGGUCAACAGCACGAAUGAUCGUAUUGAAAUCCGACACCCCCCCAACCGCCGGAGGUACCCAGUUAUAAUCCUGCUUGACGGCAUCGUCGACAAAGGGAAUCUUGGAGGCAUCAUUCGCUCUGCAUACUAUCUCGGAAUUGACGCUAUUGUUUUCGCUGGUCGAAACUGUGCGCCCUUGUCCCCUGUGACAAUCAAAGCCUCCGCUGGGGCAGCAGAGAACAUGCCCAUGCUCAAAGUCACCAAUGAAGUGGACUUCAUUCAGCAAUCCAAGGCCAACGGAUGGCAGUUCUACGCUGCCGAUGCUCCCGUGCUCGGUGCGACAUAUCUUGAUAAUUUCGACAUGGCCAUGACCCGGAAUCCUCUCACGCAGGCACCCAGUGUUCUAAUGCUGGGCAGCGAAGGGUUCGGGCUAAGCCCGCAUAUAAAGUCCCAGGCCGACUCGAUUGUGAGCAUCCCUGGUGCAAGAGCCCCGACUGAAUGGGGAACCGACUCGGAUCCCGCUAGAGUGGACAGUCUCAACGUGAGCGUUGCUGCGGCGAUUCUGAUGGAAAUGUUUCUACGGAUGCCUCUUGCAGUCUCGGAGAUCUCGAAUAAAUCACCCAAAUGA